AUGAACUUCUUCCCCAAGGAGCUAUGGUCAACACUCGAUCCGAAAUAUGUUGGGCUACCGGGAACAUUUGCGAAUGGUGGAGGAUUCUCCAAGGCCACGCAGAAGCGAGGGUUCGAGGAGGAUGAGGAUGAGGACGAGGAGGACGAGGGCCGGCGGAAGAAACGGAACCAAGGCGACGAAGAUGAUGAAGGGUCUGAUGCGGGCGGCAGACGACGAACAGGUGUUCGUGAGGGUGAAGACGCACUGGACGACGACGAUGAAGAUGCUGAAGACGAGAUAGUGGACGAUGAUUUCGAAGAAGAUGAGGAAGAGAUGGGAGGUGAUUAUAAUGCUGAGCAAUACUUUGACGGAGGUGAUGAGCUCGGUGACGGGUUCGAUGAAGGUGGUGGAGAUGAUAACGACGUCUACUGA